AAAAAAAAAACGCUUCUUUUUGUUUUUCAUCUAUAGUUGUUAUUUAUAAAAGUUAAAAGUUUUAUAGUUUAAUCUAAGAAUUAAAAUGGAAGUACCAACAACUAAAGUUCCAGAAGUCCGAGAUAUCACAAGAAUGGAGAGAAUUGGUGCUCACUCUCAUAUUAGAGGACUUGGUCUUGAUGAUGCUCUAGAAGCUAGACAGGUAUCACAAGGAAUGGUAGGACAAAAAAAGGCACGUCGUGCUGCUGGCAUUAUAACAAAGAUGAUAAAGGAUGGUAAAAUAGCCGGUCGGGCUGUACUGUUAGCUGGACAACCAGGAACUGGAAAAACAGCUAUUGCUAUGGGUAUAGCUCAAUCACUUGGUCCAGAUACACCUUUUACAGCUAUGUCUGGUAGUGAAAUUUUUUCUCUUGAAAUGGGAAAAACAGAAGCUCUAACACAAGCAUUCAGAAAAUCAAUAGGAGUAAGAAUUAAAGAAGAGUCGGAGAUUAUCGAAGGAGAAGUUGUAGAAGUACAAGUAGACAGACCUGCUACAGGAACAGGAGCUAAAGUUGGAAAGCUAACACUUAAAACUACAGAAAUGGAGACCAUAUAUGAUCUUGGUACAAAAAUGAUAGAAUCUGUUACUAAAGAAAAAGUUCAAGCUGGUGAUGUUAUAACUAUAGACAAAGCAACGGGAAAAAUUUCAAGGUUAGGAAGAUCCUUUACGCGUGCCAGAGAUUAUGAUGCUAUGGGACCUCAAACAAAAUUUGUUCAAUGUCCUGAAGGGGAGCUUCAGAAACGUAAAGAAGUUGUACAUACAGUCAGCUUGCAUGAAAUCGAUGUUAUCAAUAGUAGAACACAAGGAUUCCUUGCUCUAUUUUCUGGUGAUACUGGAGAAAUCAAAACCGAGGUUCGAGAACAAAUCAACACUAAAGUUGCAGAAUGGAGAGAGGAAGGAAAAGCAGAUAUUGUUCCUGGGGUAUUAUUUGUAGACGAGGUACACAUGCUUGAUAUAGAAUGCUUUUCUUUUCUUAAUCGAGCAUUAGAAAGCGAUAUGGCUCCUUUGCUAAUAAUGGCUACAAAUAGAGGAAUAACAAAAAUUCGUGGUACUAAUUACAAAAGUCCUCACGGACUUCCAAUAGAUCUACUUGAUAGACUUUUGAUAAUAUCAACAUCGCCUUAUGAGGAGAAAGAUUUGGAACAAAUUUUGAAAAUAAGAUGCGAAGAAGAAGAUGUUGAAAUGAGUGAAGAUGCGUUAACAGUUCUUACAAAAAUUGCGCAAGAAACUAGCUUACGAUAUGCUAUUCACCUUAUCACAUCAUCUAAUUUAUGUUGCCGAAAAAGAAAGGGCACAGAAGUUGACGUGGAAGAUAUUAAGAAAGUAUACUCGCUUUUCUUCGAUCAAGGACGCUCCACGCAAUUCUUAAGAGAAUAUCAACAGGAGUUCAUGUUUAACGAAGAGGAAUUAACGCCAUCUAUGGACAUUUCAUAACUCUUUAUAGGUCAUUACUCCCAAGUUUUUUAUCUCUUUUGUUCCGAACAAAUUUUGUAAAGUUGAUGUAAAAUAGUUUAGAAGAUCAAAAAAGCUCUAAGUUA